AUGGAGGCAUAUCUUGAGGAGGAGCCUGGCGUCUUCGAGGAGCGGCUCUUCAAGCCGUCGGUAGCAACCCCCACCGCGGAACCGGCAUCGCCUCAGGAGGAGCUCCCCCCAGUACCACUCUCGGGUGCACCUGCUUGCGGCCCAACCUCGGGAGCUUCCCUGCUCCUCGCGCUCGAGCCUCAGGAGGGGUGCUGGACCAAGGAGUUCAAGGCGUACCUGCUUCAAGGCACCUUGCCGGAGAAGAAGGAAGACGUGGAGAGGGUGGCCCGCCAGGCCACUGCAUGCAGGACGGGAUGUGAGAUGCUGGCCGACAUACAUGGCGGGGACUGCAGGCAUCACUCGUCAUCGCGCACCCUCGUGGGCAAGGCGUUCCGUAGCGGAUUCUACAGGCCCACGGCGCUCAACGAUGCCACUGAGCUGGUGAGGUCUUGCAAGGCCUGCCAAUUCCACGCCAAGCCGAUCCACCAGCCCGCUCAGGGUCUCUAG